CUCUCUCUGUCUCAGCAGUCGGGUGCAUGGAUUAACGGACUGAGUGAAGCCAGAGCCAGAGCCAGCCAACCACAGCGUCCAUUUUCCUCACUAAACAGCGGGAACCAGUCCGUUGGGUUCGAAUUCACACGACGGGCACUUAUCCCAUCCCCAUCUAAGUCCCUUUCAAAUUCUCGAUGCAAUUCUUUCAAAAGGCCCCUAAAAAUUCAAAGAAGACGUCAGGCUCUACCAGCGGCGACGAGGCCCUCUCUCAAUCUCAAUCCCAAUCCCACACCCACUCGCAUCGAUCACGCUCGCCUCACAAGGACAAGGCAGAGCAAGGAUCCCCUCGAAACAGCCGGUCCUCCCAAAAACCUGGUCCCAAUAAUAAUAACUCCCCACGUCACCCCCUUCGACCCAAAAACCACCCACCCCCUCAACCUUCCUCCCGACCAGCUUCGCAGGUUCUCUGCACUGUCCGCCAUGUCAGACCCAGAUCGCAUGGACAUUGACAGCGAGGCCCCAGCCGGGUCACCAGCCGGGGCUCCCGUCUCUCCCCCACCUCAAGCUCAACCUCAACCUCAAGCAAAAGCUCCAAGCUCUGUCGAUACGCCAAAGACAAACAAUGUAAACGGCAGUGCGAAGGAAGAAGGCCCCGCCCCUCCCCCUCACAAGUCAAACCCCUCCAGUCCUGUAACCCCAGCUGCUCCAACACCAGAGGAGGCCGAAGCAUUCAAGAAUGCGGGCAACAAGCAUUACAAGGCGAAGGAGUACAAGAAAGCCAUUGAGGAAUACACCAAAGCCGUCGAAGCACAACCCUCAUCGGCAACUUAUCUCAACAACCGUGCCGCCGCAUAUAUUUCAGCAGGCCAAUAUGCCAAUGCUCUAGAAGAUGCCACGCGUGCAGAUGAACUCGACCCCAAUAACCCCAAGAUCCUCCUCCGGUUAGCACGCAUAUACACCAGCUUAGGCCGGCCCCAGGAUGCUCUCAACACAUAUGCACGAAUCCAGCCUCCUCCUUCUGCAAAGGAUACCGCUUCUGCCAAGGCAAUGAUUUCACAUAUUGAUGUUGCAGAAGAUGCAUUGAAGAACGGGACAACUGGUUCUAUGGCCUUGCAUGCUCUUGACCAGGCUGAAAAAUUACUUGGAAUUGGUGCUCCUAAGCCUAGGAAAUGGCAACUCAUGAGAGGAGAGGCGUACUUGAAGAUGGGGAAUGUGAAUGCGUUGGGUGAUGCUCAGAAUAUUGCCAUGUCCUUACUACGAAGUAACAACAAGGAUCCCGAGGCAUUGGUCUUACGAGGCCGAGCACUCUACGCUCAAGGAGAAAACGAAAAAGCCAUCCAACAUUUCCGCCAAGCCCUGAACUGCGACCCCGAUUACCGAGACGCAGUCAAGUAUCUUCGAAUGGUGCAAAAAUUGGAUCGUAUGAAGGCUGACGGGAAUGCUAACUACAAAGCUGGGCGUUGGAUAUCAGCAGUAGACAAAUACACCGAAGCACUGGAAGUCGACCCCAUAAACCGUGGCACGAAUUCCAAGCUCCUGCAAAACCGCGCCUUGUGCCGUAUCCAACUCAAAGAUUACAAAGGCGCCAUUGCAGACUGCGAGCAAGCCCUGAAGCUCGAGCCCUCCUACACCAAAGCCAAGAAAACCAAAGCCAACGCACUCGGUCAAUCAGGUGACUGGGAAUCCGCAGUCCGCGAGCUUAAGGAAUUGCAAGAACAAGACCCACAAGAUGCAAGUAUCGCCAAGGAAGUGCGCAAGGCUGAGCUAGAGCUUAAGAAGAGCAAGCGGAAGGACUACUAUAAGAUUCUUGGGGUGGAGAAGGAUGCGGAUGAUAACCAGAUCAAGAAGGCGUAUCGCAAGGCAGCUAUCAUACAUCAUCCAGAUAAGAAUCCUGAUGAUGAGGAUGCGGCAAACCGAUUUAAGGAUAUUGGGGAGGCGUAUGAGACGCUGAGUGAUUCUGAGAAACGAGCACGCUAUGACAGUGGCGAAGACUUAAUAGAUCCGAGCGAAGGUUUCGGAGGCGGCGGCAUGGGUGGCGGUGGGAUGAACAUCGACCCGGAGAUCCUAAUGCAAAUGUUCGGCGCACAGAUGGGAGGAGGAGGCAGCGGAAUGAAUGGUGGACGUGGCGGUGGAGGAGGAUUCCACAGUUUUGGCGGGGGGAUGCCCGGUGGUGGUGGAGGACGCAGAGGGGCUCCUCAGGGGUUCCCCAGUGGCUUCUCUUUCCAAUGA